AUGGAGAAUCCGGUCAUAGCUUUGCAUCCGAGGGUUUCCGAACAGCAGAUUGCCACAUCCUUACCCCGUGGGCCAGCUUGUACUAUUUCCACCCGUGGGCAAAGCACAUCCUAUGAUUUCAACAGCUAUCUUCCUCCCUAUAGGUCACUCAUCAACCCGAGCCGCGGGUACGACUACCGGAGCCACCGGUACUUCGACGCAAGGAGUCGCGGAGACUCGAAACUGUUGAGCAAGUACAAAUCCUUGAUUAUCACGCCCAUCAGCAAUACUACCCACAGGAUUCGAGAUGCAGCGUCGGAUGGAUUCUCGAUCAAAUCGCAUAGGAGCAAGCACAGCCAGUGCAGACCGAAUCCGGGCAUUCUGGACUUGCCCCAGGAGGUGCUGAUUGGUGUUUUCCAGAUUUUGCGGCGGACGGAUCUCGCCGGACUCGUUUGCUCGCUUUAUGUGUGCAAGGACUUCUAUCAGGUGGCAAAAGUGGCACUAUACGAGGAUCCGUACAUCACCUCCGGGUUCCGGCUUGGCCAGUUUGUCCAGGCGAUCAAUAUGAGCGACGAUUUGGCGUUGAUGGUGCAGAGAAUCGAUCUUUCGCGGAUCCGGGUCGGUGUGGACUUGACAGAAGAGGAAAUGGUGAAAUUUUCAUCAAACAUCAUUUUCGGAAGCUGUGGAGGGCAGUAUGAUGAGUCCCUCAUGCAGGGAGGUGGCCGGAACAUCUAUGCGGGCUGGAGAGACUUCAAGUACCGGUUUGAUGCCACGUAUGGCAACUUGGCCCACCGGUCACUGGUAUCAACUUCGUUUGUGCCGUCACAUUUUUUGCCGGCCAGCUUCACCCGGCCGCCCAUAUACUCGCCGGCUUUGAGUUUAUCGGGCAGAAAGGGGUCUGUUUCAACACAUCAGUCGUAUUCCAGCCUGUCGAUGUACUCGCGGGCGUCCUCAGACUCGCUGGGCUCUUUGUUCUCGCUGUACGAGGGCGGAAGGAGGUCCCCUGGGGCUCCGGGGGACCCGGUGGCUGUUCACGCGAACCCGGAGGUGGCCGGCGGUGUCGAGGGGGCCGUUGGCCCGGAGGCGUUGGGCGAGCCGUACGGGGGCAUGGGGGCAGCCGCGUGGGGCACCACGGGGGAGCUGCAGAAGCCGGGCUUUUUCAACUCCAUGGGGCUGUUCAUGCGGGCGACGUUCGGGGGGCGAAAAAGGGCACGGAGGGUACGAAAAGCACGAAAGGCACAAAAAAGUGCACAAAAAAGGGCACAAAAAUUGGGACAAAAAAAUUAUGCUAAUCAUUCUUUCCUCGUAGCUCGCCCCUCGAGGGUGUCCCGGUGCUCACUCAGCCUCCGGCGGAAAUUGGGGUUGGUGCCGGCGGGCGAGACAUCAAAAAACCCCCUGCAAUCCCCUUUCGGUACUCCGCACCCCCUGCAGAGCGACUCCCUCAAGCAGUUCUGCUUUGCACGUGAUAUCCCCAUCGGUUACAUCUUGCACAUUCUCGACCAGUGCAAAAAUCUACGAAGCAUCAAUCUCAGCGGCAUCGCGUGGACCGUCGACUUCCAGAUGGAUGACUUUCAAUAUUUCGACUGGGAACUCGCACGCGGAUUGGUCAGAAGCCACGAUCCCACCGCUGGCCAGUACGAGUACCGAUCGAUGCUUCUAGAAAGCGAUAUCCGCGAGGAAAAGCGUCGCAGGGAGCGGGAACUCGCCCCUUACCGGAUCGAUAAGCCCAUUUUUUGGUCCGACACGGUCCGCGAGAUCAACUUCAACGACCCAGGCUUGCACAGCCUCACCAUUGAUGCCAUCUGGCCGUUCAUUCUGCAGUUGAAGCAGCUGGAGCGCGUGUGUCUCAAAAACUGCGUUUGGCUCAACAAGGAGACGGUCCGGGAUCUUGUUUUUGACAGCUGCUCCCGGCAUACUCUCCGCCAGAUCGACUGCACUGAUUCGGGGCUUGCCCGGAAUUCUGGCUGGGCCAAAUGCUGGUCUGCGGACAAGUUGAGGGAAUACCUCAAUGGGGAGGGGGCAGUUGGGAUGGAUUGA